AGUAGUGCUGGAUGAGAGAAGCGCUAGGGAAAAUCACGGACAAUCACGCCGUCAAUCUUCUGGGAGGACCUGUUUAUUUCAUAGCCAGCGUUUUUAGUUGUUUUCGAACAGCUGAAAGCAACGGUCUUGUCUUUCUUUCGUUCUUUCUUUCUUUGUUUUUGUGUUACUUUCUUUUGUUUUAACUAAGAUGCUUGUCCUUCGCAUAGAGGCCGAUGUUUCGCAUGUCCUAGCUAUCAUCAUAUUGUUUGUCAGGUUCGUCAGCUUGAAAUCCUGCGUAGGUCUAUCUGGAAAAUCUCAGAUGUUGUAUGCCCUCGUCUUCACCACCAGAUACCUGGACCUCUUCACCUCUUUCAUCUCUGUCUACAACACGGUUAUGAAGGUGCUGCUCAUCUUCACAUCUUACCUGGCUGCUUUUCUGAUCUAUGUGGUAUUCAGAAGCUCCUACGACUCGAGGCGUGACUCCUUUCCCCUGGCUUUCCUCUUAGUCCCCAUGGCUCUGCUCUCUCUCCUGGUCAACAAUAGAAUGGACGCUGUGGAGAUCUGCUGGCAGUUCUCCCUCUGGCUGGAGUCAGUGGCCAUCGUUCCUCAGCUCUGUAUGAUCGCUACAGGAGGGAGAAUCGACACUAUGAUUGUCCUCUACCUCUUCUUCCUGGGCUCGUACCGGGCCCUCUACGUGGUCAGAUGGGUCUUAACGUACUAUUAUGUGGGUUAUGUAGAUAGCCUUUUGCUCUCGGCUGGAGUGCUGCAGACUGCUGUCUACUGUGGUUUCUACCUCUACUGCACCGGAGUGUUGAGCAGGAUGUUACCCGAGCGUGUGAAACGUCUCCUGACGUCCCGUUUCUCCACCCUUAACCUCCGCCCUUCACGCAAAGACAACUCCAUCCUGGCGGUCCUGAAUCCUGUCAAGAAAAACGCUGACAUAUCCGUUUACCACAUUCCCUACCAAUCACUGGGAACCAGUCCCUGUAAAGCCAGCGCCUAGCCUGGCCACCGACAGCGUGUGGAGGGCAAAUAGCCCAAGUGUCAUAAUUACUAAGUAGCUGAUGUCAUAAUUAACCAACCAAUGUGAUUCUUAUAUGCUAUGCUUUUUACUGCUUAACACUUUUACAAUUAAAAAUGUGGAGAAUGUAUUUUUUAAUCUAACAAACAAUACACGUAUCAUUGUU